CAAGAGUUCUUUGGAAAAAGCCAGCGACGGGACCGAUGCUGCAGUACAACUUUGACAUGACAAAAGGAAACAUUUAUGUCAAAUGCAUGGAGGGGGCCAAAACCAACAUGUGCUAUAAUGUCCUGGACAGGCUUGUGAAGGAGAGGAAUCUUGGCGAAAAGGUUGCCUAUUACUGGGAGGGAAACUCCCCUGACCACCACAUGGCCAUCACCUACAGCCAGCUGCUGAGCCGGGUCUGCCGCUGUGCCAAUGUCCUCAAGCAAAUGGGUGUAAAAAAAGGAGACAGGGUGUCUAUCUACCUUCCCAUGAUCCCAGAACUCGUCUACACCAUGUUGGCCUGUGCAAGGAUCGGCGCUGUUCACUCCAUUGUGUUUGCAGGUUUCUCCUCUGAGUCUCUUUGCGAGAGGAUCAUAGAUGCCCAGAGCAGCGUCCUGGUGACAGCAGAUGGUGUUUACAGAGGAGAGAAGCUGAUCAACCUGAAACAGAUUGUGGACGAGGCUCUGGAAAAGUGCAGAGAAAAAGCGUCCUCUAGUGUCACUAAAUGCCUCGUCAUCAAGCACCACGCGCUGAGGACAAAAAGUGGGGCUGCAUGCAACAAACUACAGACCCCCUGGGACUCACACUGUGAUGUGUGGUGGGACGAGGUGAUGAGAGACUCUCCUGAAGAGUGUGAGCCCGAGUGGCUGGACGCUGAGGACCCGCUGUUUAUCCUGUACACCAGCGGCUCCACCGGCAAACCUAAGGGUGUUCUCCACACUGUUGCCGGGUAUCUGCUCUACACGUCGCUGACCUUCAAGUACGUUUUCGACCAUCACCAUGACGACGUGUUCUGGUGCACAGCAGACAUCGGGUGGAUCACCGGCCACUCCUACAUCACCUACGGCCCCCUUGCAAACGGUGCUACAAGCGUCCUAUUUGAAGGUAUCCCAGUUCACCCUCAUGUCGGCCGGUUCUGGGAAAUCAUUGAGAAGUACAAAGUGACCAAGUUCUACACAGCUCCGACAGCCAUCCGCCUGCUGAUGAAGUACGGACGGGAGCCGCUGCAGAAGUACGACCUCUCCAGCCUGAGGAUUCUGGGUACUGUUGGUGAGCCCAUCAACCCUGAGGCGUGGCACUGGUACCACGAAGUCGUCGGACAGGGCAGAUGUCCCAUAAUGGACACUUUCUGGCAGACUGAGACCGGAGGACAUGUUUUGACUCCUCUGCCUGCUGCGACGCCGCUGAAACCAGGCUCUGCAACCUUUCCUUUCUUCGGCGUAGAGCCAACAAUCCUCAACGAACACGGGGAGGAACUGGAGGGCGAGGCCGAGGGUUAUCUUGUAUUCAGGAGGCCCUGGCCUGGAAUAAUGCGCACUGUAUACAAAAACAAUGAACGCUUCGAGAACACCUACUUCAAGAAAUUCCCAGGCUUCUAUGUAACUGGUGAUGGCUGCAGGCGGGAUAAAGACGGCUAUUACUGGAUCACAGGAAGAAUAGACGACAUGCUGAAUGUGUCAGGCCACCUGAUGAGUACAGCGGAGGUGGAGGCGGCUCUGACGGAGCAUGAGGCUGUGGCGGAGGCUGCGGUGGUGAGUCGGCCUCACAAGGUGAAGGGCGAGUGUCUGUACUGCUUCGUCACCCUCAAAGACAGCAGGGAGUUUAACCACACACUGGUGGAGGAGCUCAAGAGACUGGUGAGAGACAAAAUCGGACCAAUCGCCACACCAGACUUCAUUCAAAAUGCUCCGGGGCUCCCGAAAACUCGCUCUGGGAAGAUCAUGAGGCGAAUUCUCCGGCAGAUCGCCCGCAAUGAAAAGGACCUGGGCGACCUUUCGACUCUGGCCGACCCGAAGGUGGUGGAGGAGCUGUUCAGCCAGAGAUGUGAAGCUGCAGCCUGAACAAACACCGUCUCUAUAUAAAUAUAUAUAUUUCUCUCUUUACACUAUGCAAAGGUACACAUGAAGACAGUCACAAACUGCUGGCUGUGGAUCAGCGUCUGUGCACUCUCUGGGACUGAAUGAAGGGAUCAGAAAAUUACAGCGCCGUCACUGAGAUGUUUAAAGGUCCAGUUUGCAGGAUUUAGGGGGCUAUACUGGCAGAAAGGGAAUAUAAUAUAAUACA